UUUUCUCGACGCAGCUGACGAUGUAAACAAGAGAAGACAGUCGAGGGCAGCAGGGAUCAAACAGGCCGCUGUCACCGCGAAUGGUCGCCGUUGGACGGUCGUAGACGGCCGACAUGGGGCUCCCCGUUACGAUUAAAGUGAAUUUCCGGGGCAACGUCAAGAGGUUUCUGGCUCAGGAUCUGGACAAGCUGGAGUGGGAGUCCGUUGAAGCCUGGAUCAAAGCCUCAUUUGGGAUCAACCACUUUCAAGUGAAAUACUUUGACGAGGACAAUGAAGAGAUUUGCAUAAACAGUCAAGACGAAUAUGAAGAAGCCAUCAAGAGUGCAGAGAAGCAGGGGAACCAGUUGCACAUGAACGUGUACAAGAUGAAGGGCCAGGCCUGUGGAGGCCCGCUGAAGACCGAGGUCAAGGAGCUGAAGGGGGACCUCCGGCCGGCUCCUCCCUACCCGUCCAGGGUGAAAACGGUGGACAAAGGCACGCAGGUCACCCCCGAGCGAGAAGCUGUAGCAGUAAAAGACAACAAGGGGAGCAAACCAGAAGAUGAGCCUCCUCCUAUGUGGUUCAGAUCCUACAUGGAGAAGUUUAAAGACGAGGUGGUGAAGGAGGUGGUCGAGAGGAUGUGCAGCGACUUCUCUGGUCAGUGUUGUACCCACAAAUCUCCCGAUGGGCCGCCCGAGACCGGCGGGGCCAUCGGAGGUCCCAUAGGACCCCGACCGGGACCCUCCACCUCCAACGGAUCCCUCGGCUACACCCCCAACUGCAGCAGCUGCAACAAACUCACCUCUGAAGGAGCCUACAAGUGCAGUGUGUGUCCUUCCUGCAUCCUGUGUGAGAUGUGCAGACAUAGCCAUGACCCGAGUCACAACCUCGUCAGAACCAAGACUCCUCUCUCCAUCCCCGAGCAUGGGAUGUCAGGCGAGUUAAGGUUCCCAAGGCGAGGAGACAGGACAGUGCGCAAGGCCGAGCGACAGCGCCUCAAAGCUGAAAGAAGGCAGCUAAGAGCCGAAGUGAAGGAAAUCAAGAAGAAACUGAGACUGGAGAAGAGGGGGCUGCAGUGGAGUGGGCCCUCUACCUCAGGCAGAGCCAACCUGACAAACAUGGCCUCGGCAUCCACCCAGGUCCCAGCCCUGCCCCCUCCUGCUGCCUCAGAAACAGCCUCAGGUCCAGCCCCAGCCCAAGGUUCCAUCCCCGCCCCGGUCCCUGAUCCCCAGGCCUCCAGUCCAGAGGGUCCCGGGGUCUCGCACACGUCCUUGGUGCCCACUAUGGCUGCCUUGUUUCUGGAUGAAAAUCUGCCUGACGGCACCCGUCUGGAGCCUGGUACCAAGUUCAUCAAAUACUGGAAGAUGAGGAACUCGGGCACUAUCAGCUGGACCUCAGAGACUAAGCUAGUGUUCAUGUGGGGGAACCUCGGCUUGGCCUCAGAGGAGAAGAGGGAGGUGCCGGUGCCCCUGCUGCUGCCCGGACAGGUGGGAGUGGUCAGUGUGGCGUUCGUGGCUCCGGUGAUGGAGGGGACGUACACCUCCCACUGGCGGCUGGCGCACUGCGGCUGCCAGUUCGGCCCUCGCGUCUGGUGCAGCAUCGUGGUCGGCCCCGGCAACAGACGCAACGCCAUCGGGCGUCCGAGCAAACGACGGAAGGAGGAGGUGAUGCCGGUCGAGAAGGAGAACGAGGGAAGGUCCAAGGACGUCCCCGACCUGUCCGUAGACCUCCACCACGCAAACUUCUACUUCCCCUCCGUCGACCUGCUGACUGCACAGGAUCUUCUGUCGUUUGAGUUACUGGACAUCAACAUUGUACAAGAGCUGGAGAAGGUUCCCAACAACACUCCCGUGGAUCUGACUCCCUGCAUAUCCCCUCUUCCCCACGAUGCUCCGGUGCUGGAGAAGGCCGUCGCCGCGCAGAUCAAGGAAGACGCGGAGGUCUCGGGGGUCCGAAAACUUUUCGGAGUGAAACUGAGGCCUCAGAGGGAGAUGCUGGAGUCGGUGGCCCAGGAGGAGGACAAGGACGAGGAGAUCAGCGGAGCUCAGUUCCUCUGUGAGACGGUGAUCCGGUCCCUGACGCUGGAGGAAGCCCCCGACCACAGACCCCUGCGAAGGGCCCAACACAGCAGCCUCAAACCGCAGCUUGUUCCUCGCGGUCCGAGCUUCUGCUUCGAGAGACCGGUCGACGCCAAGAAGACGGAGAGGAACCAAGAAAUAAAUGAGGAAAUCUGCGCCGUCAGACUGGAGAGUUCAGCCGGACCCAACCAGAUCCCCAAGGAGGUGGAGACCAGGCCGGUUCUUAUUCUGCAACCAGAGACUGAAAACCUUCACGUCACUUCUCAUCACGAUAACGAGGACAAAGAAGUGUUGCACGCGAUGCAAAACACGAAGGAAAACCCGGACGAGAAAGAGGAGGGAGGAGCUAAAGGAGAAGACUGGGACGAGGUGAGCAGCCAGACCUCCUCCGUCUCCUCCUGUGACGACUACAUCAUCGUCCUCCCUGACUGCUUCGACACCAGCCGGCCUCUGGGGGAGUCCAUGUACAGCUCCGCCAUGUCGCAGCCCGACGCCGUCGCUGCCGCCGCCGCCGCCGCGACCUCGGCCGACCCGGAGCCAGACGAGGAGGAGGAGGAAGAGCUGGAGGAGGAGGAAGAGGAGCUGGAAGAGGAGCUGGAGGAGGAGCUGGAGCCGGACCAGGCAGUGCCGCUGACGGAGAGGCGGGAGCGGACGGAGGCUGCCGAGGACUCGCUGAGCAACACCUGGCCUCCUCCCGCAGCCUCCAUCCACAGCAGCGUGAACCAGAUGCUGUGCGCCUCCCAGACGCUGGACGCCGUGACGCUCACCCCGGAGGUGGUGCCACAGCCGGUCGCUCCUCAGCCGCUGCUGCCGCCGCCGGCCCUCUACUCGCCCAGAUCUGAGGCACUGUACCUGGCUGAGGAUCCAAGCCCUCCAGCCUGUGAACCAUAUGAGCCACAUCAACCACGAGUCCACCUAAACGUAUCAUCUGGUCUGUCCAGAUCAGCAGGCUCAGCAUCCAGUGCCUUCGAGACGUAUAAUCCCAGACCCAGCAACGCUCUGCAGCCAAGGGGCCAAGGAGGCAUCACAGAGGGACUCGUCAAGGGCGCCCUCUCUGUGGCAGCAUCUGCUUAUAAGGCUCUAUUCACUGGACCAAACUGUUCCAUUCAGCGAGGCAUCGACCCAGCCACCAGACAGGACCCUUCCAUGAUGGCCAUGCUGCUGGAGAUGGGCUUCAGAGACCAGCGGCUCAACCAGCAGCUGCUGAGGAAGCACGGCUACAGCCUGCUGCACACCGUCAACGAGCUGGUUCAGAUGGCCGAGGACAGCCAGAACGAAGCCGUGGACGCUCUGCACUGAGGGGGAGACGCCUGAAAUCUCUCGCCCCCCUUCCAGCGUUUUAACUUAUUUCGUGAUUGAUUGAUUAUUUUUCUCUCUCCAAAAGGGUGGAUAGUGGAACAAAAAUAGCAGCAUUUAUUCCUUGAUUGUGGGAGAUAAAUGAUCACGAAUGGCUUCUCCUGCCUUUGCCUUUAAUUUUAGCUUUCACCAUUUCGAUGAAAACGAGCAUCUAUUGUAAAUUACUCUGGAUAGCGGCGCUAACCUCGGAGCUUCGCGUCUGCAGGAGGCUGUAGUUCGGACAAAAGUGUGUGUUUCAGCUCUUCAUCUUAGUGUUUGUAUGGCUGUCGUAGCUGCUUCCUCGGCGCUGAAUAAUAAUUGUCUUUUCGACGGGGCUCGGCUUGAUUCUGAUCGAAAAGGAAGGUUGUUGAAUGUCAUUAAAAAAUAAAUAAAAGCUAGAAGAGCCAGCUCUCGAUGCUAUUGAAGCUACGUGGAUAUCCUGGGUCAGAGUGCAGUAACCAGAUCAAGAAAGGAAAAAAAAAAAAAAGACAACGAAUAUUUAAGACUUUAUCUCGAUUAUUAUUAUCGUAGUAAAAUCUGCCUAACAAUGCAAUCUUUUUCUGUAUCAAGAGUACUGUUAUUUUAGACGUUGACAUGUGGAAUGUACACAAAAUACUGUCGGAUCCGACUCGACAUGUUUUCUACUGCUUUUUAGGAGACACCUGCAUGACAGGUAGAGGCUUUAGAGAUGAGUCGUGUUCUCGUGGUCUUAGCAACAGUGGAAAAAAAAAAAAAACAACAACAAAAAAAACAAACAAACAACGGUCCGCUUUGCGUCAUCUUUCUAUCACCUCCCGCCUGCCUGCGUUUCUUCUCACACGUCCGACCACCAACUGAAACCGAGCAACUGUCGUUUUAACUCGAGCCGAGAUGUCUCUUAACUUCACAUUCCUCGAUCUCAUAGUGGAACCAAGUAUAUUUAAUUUUCUCUUCAUUGCCUUUUAUGAUGGAAAUAUUACACAAAAAAAGAAAAAAAAAUCUUAGUUUACUGAAACAUUCAUGUGAAUUGUGGUUUGUGUGGGGUUUAAGUUAAUGUUGUUUUUGAAUGAUUCCUCCUUCAUGUGUGCGACUGUGUGUGUGUGUGUGUGUGCGGUCGGGGUUUUAUCGAACCAUCGUUUUCUCACGUUUGAGAUGUUUUAAAGGAACAUGCUCUAGAGAAUAAUUCUGAAUAUAUCUUCAGUGCUUGUCAAAUUAUUCUUCUGCAACGGAGUGUAUACAUCCAAUACCCUUCUGUCAAUCCGCCAAUAAACUAUUUGCACAUCUCUC